AAUGAGAGGGACCAUUACGGUUUAUAUAUACACUCUCUUCCCCCCUAACCCUAAUUUUGUGUGCUUUUUCAUUGAGGCUACCCGCUCUAGAGGAUUACAAAGAGAAAAUUCUUGUACUUUCUCAUGACUCACUAUCAGCAGUUCUGCAACAAUUCUGACUCAAGAUGGCCCAUUCAGGCUCUGCUCCAACCCGAAAAUGACCGAGAAAGCCAACUUAUGGCCUUCGACGACACCAAGGCUGGUGUCAAAGGGCUCGUGGACGCAGGCUUCACGAUAGUGCCCGAUAUAUUCGUCCGACCGCCUGACAGGCUCGAGUGUGCGGGCGAGAAUCAGUUUGAGAUCCCAGUCAUAGACCUCGCGGGAGUGGGCUCGGACCCGAUCAAGCACAAGGAGGCUGUGAGAAGGAUGGGAAGUGCAAUGGAGGAAUGGGGUUUCUUUCGCUCGGUGAAUCACGGGAUCCCUGCAAGCCUCCUGGAGGAAGUGAUCGACGGGUCGAGGAGGUUUUUCGAAGAGGACCACCAGGUUAAGAAAAAAUACUAUUCGAGAGAUUUUUCUAAGAGUGUGAUAUACAACAGCAACAUGGGCCUCUACACUUCACCUGCUCUUGAUUGGAGGGACAGCAUCUUUUCGUUCAUGGCACCCGACCCUCCUGAGCCCGAAGAGUUGCCUCAAGCAUGCAGAGACGUGCUGUUGGAGUACUCGAAGGAAGUGAUGAAACUAGGCUCCUGCAUCUUCGGGCUCCUUUCAGAAGCCCUAGGGCUGCCCCAAGACCACUUGAUGAAGAUGGGGUGCAUGGAAGGUUACUCUUUCAUGUGUCAUUACUACCCAGCCUGCCCAGCCCCGGAGCUCACGUUGGGCGCAACUAGACACUGUGACAACGACUUUCUCACGCUUCUUCUGCAAGACCAAAUGGGCGGGCUCCAAGUCCUUCACGAGGAUCAUUGGGUCGAUGUCCCUCCUUUGCCUGGAGCACUGGUCGUCAACAUUGGAGAUCUUCUUCAGCUGAUCUCGAAUGACAAGUUCAAGAGUGCGGAGCACAGGGUGAUUGCAAACGAGACAGGGCCGAGAGUGUCAGUUGCAUGCUUCUUUGGGCACACCCGUGUGCCAUCCCAGAGGCUCUACGGGCCUAUCAAGGAGCUUUUAUCAGAGGACAACCCUCCCAUCUACAGGGAGACCACUCUCCGGAACUACACUGCCCAUUACAUCAAGAAAUGCCUUGAUGGAACUUCCGCCCUCCUCGAUUUCAAGCUCGACCAAGCUCAAUGACUCCAAAUUGCGAAAGAAAACUGCUUUACCGAUGGGCUCAUUCAGCUUUAUCUAAGUGAUUGUCUUUUAAGUUAUGCCUUAUAAAAUGUGAGACCAUCUCAGGACCCAAGUAACUGAUAUAUCGUAGCAGCGGUAUUUUAAUCCUUGAAUACUUCAAGGCAAUUAGUGGCAUGCUAGAAGCCAUUGCUCAUACA